GACGCGGUCUUGGUCGUAGGGUUUAGUGAGGUGUGCAGUAAUGGCUCUGCGAGGGCUGUUCUUACUGCUUAUGCUUCUUUUGUUUUCCGCUGAGGCCACGGCCAAAGAUGGAGGCAAACCUAAGAAAGGCAAGAAAGGCAAACAAGUCAUCUGUCCUUCUCAGUUAUCAGCUGAAGAUCUUGACCGAGUUCCUGCCAACUCCACCAGCAACAUCCUCAAUCGUCUACUGGUGACUUACGACUCAAGAAUACGCCCCAACUUCCAAGGAAUUCCAGUAGAGGACAAGGUAAACAUCUUCAUCAACAGCUUUGGCUCGAUUCAGGAGACCACAAUGGACUACCGGGUAAACAUUUUCCUGCGGCAGCGCUGGAACGACCCCAGGUUGAGACUGCCGACGGAUUUUAAGUCAGACGCGCUGACCGUGGACCCCAAGAUGUUUCAGUGCUUGUGGAAGCCUGACCUGUUCUUUGCCAAUGAGAAGAACGCCAACUUUCACGACGUCACACAGGAGAACAUCCUCCUGUUCAUCUUCCGCAACGGAGACGUGCUGAUUAGUAUGAGGUUGUCAGUAACUCUGUCCUGUCCUCUUGAUCUUCAGCUUUUCCCCAUGGACACACAACUAUGCAAGAUGCAACUGGAGAGCUACGGCUACACCACUAAGGACCUGGUGUUCAUGUGGCAGUCAGGAGACCCGGUUCAGAUGGACGAGAUUGCUUUGCCGCAGUUCGACAUCAAACAGGAGGAUAUCAAAUACAGCAACUGUACCAAAUUCUACCCUGUAACUGGUUAUUACACGUGUGUUGAGGUGAUUUUCACUUUAAGAAGACAGGCGGGCUUCUACAUGAUGGGUGUGUACGCUCCCACCCUCCUCAUCGUGGUUCUCUCAUGGCUCUCGUUCUGGAUCAACCCUGAUGCCAGCGCCGCCCGAGUUCCUUUAGGCAUCCUGUCUGUGCUGUCGCUCACCAAUGAAUGUACGUCUCUGGCAUCUGAAAUGCCAAAGGUCUCCUACAUGAAAGCCAUUGACAUCUGGAUGAUCGCCUGUCUGCUCUUCGGCUUUGGCUCUCUGGUUGAGUACGCUGUGGUUCAGGUAUUUCUGAACAGCACCAAGCUCAUAGAGGAAGAGAAGGUGAAGCUGGCACUGAAGGAGAAGGAAAAGGAGAAAGAGAACGCGAAAGAGGGAAAGAAUAAUUCCAAGGCCAAUUCAGUCAAUGGUACCGGAGGAACUCCUAUUCAUGUCAACACUCACUUACAGGUGGUGGAAACCCGUUGUAAGAAAGUGUGCACCUCCAAAUCGGACCUGCGCUCCAAUGACUUCAGCAUCGUCGGCUCCCUGCCGCGCGACUUUGAGCUCUCCAACUUCGACUGCUACGGCAAACCCAUCGAGUCCAGCAACGCUCUGCUCAAAUCUCAGAACAAGAACACGAAGAAACCGGCGCCCCCCAAACCCGUCAUCCCGUCUGCUGCCAAACGUGUCGACCUGUAUGCCCGCGCCCUUUUCCCUUUCACCUUCCUCUUCUUCAACGUCAUCUACUGGUCUGUUUAUCUGUGAGCAACUUCAUAAUGUGUGUAUAUAUAUUUGUGUGUGUGUGUGUGUGUUUUGUGUGUGUGUGUGUUUUGUGUGUGUGUGUGUGUGUGAGAGAGAGAGAGGGAGAAAGAGAGAGUUGAAGCAUGCACUGCUGCGGUGUGAGGAUCAGAGCAUGUAGCAAUGACUCCUGAUAAUUUGAUCAGGUCUUUGAACCUGAUAAUGAAGUGGAACCAAAAAGACUGGUCAGCAUUUUGUCUGCAUUGGUCACCAUACGGUAUAGAGCUGCUUUGGCUCACAGGUAGCUGUGGGUGAUAAUUACAAUAACAACACUGACUUAUUAUUUGCAAAGUAAAGGGUCAAACUGGUUAAGUCGUUUGGUUUAUUUCAUUUUCAUCAACUGUUUUUAUCCUGGUCUGCAUCACGGCAGCUUCUGUUCCACUGGGAAACACUGGGCACAAAGUGGGGACACCCUGGACAGGGCAGCAGUUCAUCACAGGGCUUUGUGGGCUUUGUCCAUCCCCUCCCUCAGACAUAGUCAAUCGUGUCUGUGUAAACACCCGAGCCAGCUGAUAGCACACCUGGAUUUUUAUAUAAUGAAAUUAUAUAUAAUAUAAUUUAUAAGUUAUCUAAAAUUAUAAUGA